AUGGCAUCGGAGAGUGUAUCAACGUCAGCGUUGGCUUCUUUCGACUACGUUUCAAUUCUAACGGGAAAACGGACGACAAUUGAUCGGGAAUUUCUUGGACAUGGCCAAUGUAGGAAUGUGAACGAUUUCGAGAAGCUGAAUCGACUUGGAGAAGGAACCUACGGAAUUGUUUAUCGCGUUCGAGAUGUUCACACAAAGGAGAUUCUUGCUUUGAAACGAGUGCGAAACGAUGAGACUCGAGAUGGGAUAUCGGAGGCAGCUUUGAGGGAAAUAACCUUAUUGAAACGAUUGAAGCACGAUAAUAUUGUCGAUUUGAAAGGAAUGGCUGUAGCUCGGGAUGUGAAAAGUAUGUUCCUUGUCAUGGAAUAUUGUGAACAAGAUCUCGCAUCGCUUCUCGAUAAUUUGAAGAUUCCCUUCUCAGAGGCUCAGGUCAAAUGCAUCAUCAUGCAGCUUUUGCGUGGAACGGCAUAUCUUCAUUCUCAUUACGUUCUGCACAGAGAUCUCAAAGUUUCUAACUUGUUGUUAACUGCGGGAGGAGUUCUAAAGAUUGCCGAUUUUGGUCUGGCGAGAACGUUCGGGAAUGAAGCUCAUCCGAUGACCCCACGAGUUGUAACACUUUGGUACAGAUGUCCGGAAUUGUUGCUUGGAUCAAAAUCUCAAGGUCCGGCUGUGGAUAUGUGGGCAAUAGGAUGUAUUCUGGGCGAAUUACUUCUCCAUCGACCUCUUCUACCCGGGAAAAGUGAUAUUGAUCAGAUGGGGAAAAUCAUUGAUCUUUUGGGGACACCAACCGAGAGAAUUUGGCCUGGGUUUAGCGAAUUACCGGAAAUGAAAAACUUCACACUACGAUCUCAGCCUUACAAUAAUUUGAAAAGAUUGUUUGAGAAUGCGACAUCAGCCUGCAUUGAUUUAUUGAAUGGUUUAUUUACCUAUCAUCCAAAAGGACGCAUUUCUGCAUCAGCUGCUAUUGAACAUGUUUAUUUCACCGAAGCCCCAAUUGCCUGUGAAACUGGAUUGAUGCCUUCUUUUCCACAACACAGAAAUCGAAAACGAUCUCAUGGCAAUGAACGC